GCAAAACCGUUCGCCCCACCGCGCCCCACUGUGUUAUAUCCCAGGGUGGUGCGGACCGAAUGUACCACCUCUGCCCUCCACCCUCCAACCUCCCCAACCCCCCUCAUCACCCAAUAAUACCGUAGGAGCAACCCCGAAGCUGCUCCAUCACCAUCAGCUGCAGACGCUACGUUAAAGGCUCAUCAUUCGCUUCACAAAAAGACCACGAAAAAAGAAAAAAAAAAAAAGAAAACAUUUUCCAAAAUUCCCAUUCACCACGAAAAAUCCACAAAAUUCCGAAUAACCACGAGAUAAGUGAAGCAUUGGAAAAGUCAACGGGGGAAUAUUGAUGGGCAACAACAGCCCGCCGCAGUGAAAAUAUACAAAAAUAUUCGUAAUCGCGGAUUUUCCGUUUGUUUACGUCGACGGUGUUGAUGGGUGGGUGAACAUUUGGAUAUCCCGGAAGUGCCUGAAGAGGAUUACAUCGAUCAAUUGACAGGUGUUUUAUGUAUCAGCCUAAAUCAGCGGUAUUCACACUUGUCGGUGAAAUCCCGUAAUAUUGCCGAUGGUAUGUGCAGGUGGGGGUGGAAAUUUCUUAGUUAUUUGAAUAAUGCUGAGAGUAUAUUUGGGGGAUAAAGUUGAGUAAACUGUUGGUGAAUUGAAUAAAAUCCUCACGGGUGGUCGUUGAGAGAGUGAAAGUGGUAGAAGUGAGGUAUCGCGAGUGACUGACGAAUUGCCAGAGGUAUAAAAAGGGGAAUAAGAGGAAUAAAAAAUACGUGAGAAAGCCGAAGCGAGGAAUAAACGUGAGGGACAACGGGGAGAAGUAAAACAGUUAAGAGUCCAUUUAAUGAGAAUGGAAAAAAAAAAUAGUACAAGUGGAUAUUCAUUCGCUUGAAGCCGUUGGUCUCUCCAUGACGGCCUGCUAACGGGAAAAAAAUAGAGAAGAAAAUAAAUAAAUCAUACCGAUAAUCCGCGGAUAACAAUUAGCCGACUAGUGACGUCAUAAAGUGGGUAAAAACGGCAUCAAGAAUAGAGAGACAAAGCUGGCGGAGGAGGAGACGGAGGAGGAUAGAGUGUACUUCGCUGUUAGUCCAUCACACUUGGUCGUGCAAAAGUACGCGAUACUGGACACCAUCGGUACUGAGUAAAAGUACAUCCCUUUACGGUGUACAUCAACGUUUGUUUAUCACAGCAACGUCGAAUCAUCGACGUCGACGCAACAUCAGUCGUUGUCGAGUGCUGAGGUACGUGACUAAAUCAUCGUAAAUUGAGUGUUUGAGAGAUUUGAGAUAAUCGGUGGUGAGGUUACAAAAAAAAAAGGAAAGGAAAAGAAAAAAAAAAAGUGAAAACAUCGAGAGGAAAGUUCAACAGCGUGAACCAAGUUGUUGACAGUUGAUUCUAUUGGCUCUGUUUUGGAUCAAUUGUCGGGGACUUUUUUGUUUCGUCUUUUGGUCUUUUAACCUCUCGUCUGUUACAAUCUGACCUCUUCCUCCUGUCCUUUUCCGCCCUUAUUUUUUUCUCCUCUCAUUUUUCCCUGUCUUCUUCCUCUGUGGCGCGCGCAAUCACCAGUUCCCCUCGAAACCUACCAAUCUUCCUCUUAUUAUUUCUCUCUCAAUAACUUUUUUCCUCCCUCAAUCUCCUCUCUUCGAUUUUUUUUCACUCCCUCCUUUGCCCUCGUCGUUUUAUUUUCUCUCUCUCUUUUUUUUUUUUUAAUACUCGAAUCACGUACAAAGCGGCGUGCGUCGAUGCCUGAAUAAAACUUGGCUAAACAAAGAAGAGGAAACGUUAGACGGAUCGAUUUUGAAAGUGGUGGUUGGUUGGCAACGUAUUUUCCGCGUAGGUGGAAAAAACAAGUGGUCGCAAGCGUCUCGAGUGGAAAUCACGAUUGUUUUGAACAAUCAAUUGAUAAAUAUCACCGAAGCAAGACGCAUCUGCCGCGUUGGAUACACUUUGUAAAAAGAAGAAGAAGAAAAAAGUACAAUAGAAAAUUGUUAAUGAAAAAAUUGAGAGAUAUGGCUUGUCACAUGAUAUGGCUGUUCGGUUAUGUGAGCCUUGGAUUGGCACUGACACUUGGCAAUCGACCGGUUGUCCACAAUCAGCGAUUGCAGGUUAGAUCGAGAUACGAUCAUCGAUCGAGAGGCUCCAAUGAUCUGCCACUGGUUACCAAUACCAACGGUGCAUUUGGCAAUAAUGAUAGAAUUGAUAAGAAUUCGGACAUGGAGUCCUACAGAUUUGGAGUUGAAUCUGUACCUUACGAUCUGCCACCCGAUUGGCUAGUGUAUGACAGAAAUCCAUGGAAUUAUGAUAAAGAUAGAGUUGAUAAUCGGCGAAAUGGUGUCUACGAUGAUGGAGUUAUCGAUGAUUUCACUAGUGCUGUUAUUGAGACACUUUAUCCACGCAAUGAUAGAUUGAGUGGUGAUUAUUUUGAUGACAGAGUGGAUGGUACGUUGAAAAGUGUUAAUGAUAGAACAACAGUACACGAUGGUACAAGUGAUAAUGCGCUUCCAAUUGAUAAUCAAUAUGAUUUUAUGAAAAAACGUAUGGGUAGGGAUGAGGUACGGGGUGGGUCGAUGACAAAUGGUGUAUUACCGGUGAAAAAUUCACGAUCCACUGGUGAUCGUGGUGUAUGGCAGAAUGAUGAUGAUGCCAGAAGAAAUGAUGAUGGCAAUGUUAGGAUGAUGGGUAAACGUAAUUAUGGAAGUGCUACUGGACGGAGAAGGUCAGCUGGUGAUUCACGGGGACAAACGAACCUUCAAGUACAGGGACAAUCUUCGUCCCCUCUGUCAUCAUCAUCUGGUGGAAAUGUUGGUGGUAUCGCGUCACAAUUCAUGCUGAGGGCAUCACGGGGAAAUCGACAAUACGACGUACCACAAAUUGAGUGUCCGUCAUCGGAGGAUGGCAUGGAGAGAUUUGCCUGUCCCACACCGGACAGAAUGGGAAGAUAUCGUUGCAUCGACGAUCACGUUCUGUGCGAUGGAUUCAUCGAUUGUCCAACCGGUGAGGACGAGGAUCGUCAAGCGUGUAUGUUCUACAAAACGACAAAGGCACACUUGGAUGUCCUAGCGGAUGCCCUGUUACGAUGGAUAGAGCGAUCGGUUUUUCAUUCGAUCACGGAAAAUUAUUGAUGAGUUUUCCCCCGGCGUAUAUUAAUCCCUUGGGAAAUUCAUUUAUAUCUCGAUAAAUUUAUUUUGUUCUCCGCAUUGUUCUAUUUUUAUCUCUCAUUUCUAUCGCAUUCAAGAGAAAUCAUCAGUAUUCUAUUGUUGUGUCACUGAGAAAUAUGAGUUUAAUCCAUGUAACUGUAUAUACGCCAAUCAUGACUAAUUAUCGAGUAAUUAGCUGAGAUAGUAUAGUUUAUAAUAAUUGUAUCAAAACGGAAAUAAUAA